AUGGGCGCUCUAGAGGAGGCUCUUCCACACCUCAAGGCCGUGGUUGCUGGUUAUGCGCCACGUGACGUGUACAACAUGGACGAAACUGGUUUGUUCUACAGUAUGACGCCCGACAAAACGAUCGCCCAGCAAGAGGUCGAAGGGUUUAAAAAAGACAAGACGCGCAUCACAGUUGCUCUCACGGCAAACGCUGAUGGAUCCGACAAACUCCCGCCGUUCUUCAUUGACACGCCAAAAAGCCGCGGUGUUUUGAGCACAAGACAGCUGAGCGACUGCGCUUUCUCUACCGCAACAACAAGAAAGCCUGAUGACUGGCAUACUCUUCCAGGAAUGGCUGGGAGAUGUCGACAAAAGUAUGAAGGUAAUUUGGGGCAUGCCUUGAACAUCAUCGUUGUGGUACAGUAA